UUUACCAGCUCAGAGACAGACGGCGCGUGCACGUUUCAUCCACGGGUCCCAUCUAGGCUCCGGUUGUUUACAGCACGGGGGUGUUUGGUAGCUAACAGCUGCCGGAUGCCGGUUUUGUCCUCCGCAGCUCGGCGCCGUUACCCGUGUUCCUCCCCGGACUCCCCGCACGCUAACGCUCGGCUCCUCUUCGCGUUCCGGUCCCGCCGCGUCACGAUCGUGCUGCAUUAUUAAAGCUGUCCAACAUGCCCAUGGUGCUGCGCUCCAGAAAGUCCAUCCAGCCCGGCGGCCGGGCGGAGGAGACGGAGGCAGAGUUACCGGACGCUACGCCCCGCACAGCACGGAGAAGGUCGACCCGCCUGCACAGGAGAACUACGUACGAGGAGUCCAUUGACUCAGACCCUGAGUCUGUCCUCAGCCAAGUGAUGGAGGGAGACAUCAGUCCCCCGGCUGAAGAGGAGGAAGCUGCUGAGGAGGAAGAUCUAACAGAAGAUCUCAAAGAUUGCAGUGUUAUGCUGAACCGUCUACAGGCGGAAGAGAAGGCUGAGAACAAAGAUUUUGAGGAGAAAGAAGACAUUAACCGCAAAGGUGGAAAACUUGUAUCUCGAAUUCCUACCUACCAUAAACGACCUCCUGGCGCAAGCCAGACCUCGGAGCUGCCUGUUCUUAAAAAGGAAACCCCCGUCCAUGCAGCUCAACCUCAUGAGAAAGCUGGAUGUAAAAGCACUGAGGCUUCAAAGGCUAAACCAUCAGAUGUCAGAGAAACGGCACUCCCCCUGCCAUUAGUCCGUGUCCCCAAAUUUGUCCUCGAAGCCCACUCUCCAUUCUCCAGUGCUGAACACAUAGCUUCGGCAGCUUACAGCUCCCCAAUUCCUGCACCCAAGAGUUGGGGUUUGUCUGGGUCCAUUCAGAAUCCUCUCUUGACUGCAAGCCCUAGGCCUGCCAUCAGACCAGAGCAAGGGUUAGAGCAGCAUUUACCAGAGGAAGACAACAGCAAAACCUCAGAAAUAGAAUUAGACAUCACACCAGAUGUUCCUGUAGGUCAGCUUUCACACGAGGGCUCCCUCAGUCAAAAGUCACAAGAAGACCCAGCAGAGGAGUAUGAUGUUGAGGUUGAAGACAAGAGUACGGUCCCUGCCUCUGAAGACACCACAACACCUGAGUAUGCAGAGAGUGCUCUCACAGCUCAGGUCGGCCAAGUGGAUGAUAUAAUGGACGAAGAGGCACCCUGGGAAAAGGAGCCGAUGAACAUACUUGAGUCGAAGGACAGUAGAUCCUCAUCAGAUGCCGAAACAGAGGAGGAUAUGACACAUGAAAAGUCUGAGCUCCACAGUUUAGAGGAAGUGGAGGAACAUCCUGAACGACCGAUAGUCCAGUCUCAGUUUGCAAAACUUGAAGAGAAAGUGGCAGAGAUGGAUGAAUCCACCUCUACUGUGGCAGCAGAGACGCCUAAAGCUAAAAUCUCAUCAACCAAGUCAACAAAGAGCUCAGGACGCUGCAGUUUCGUCCUCUUCUUCUUCCUGCCCACCACUCUGCUGCUUCUGGUAGGGUUCGGUCAGCACGUGUGGCACUAUGGGCUUCCCAUGUCUAUGGCCCAUCUUACAUCUCAGCUGGAGCUGCACUGGCUGGAGGGCUUUGGAUUAGUCCCCGAGCCUUGUAGCAAUGAUUGUCGAGUGCAUCUGGUGGAGAGCAUCCCUGUGGGUCUGUACCAGUCUUCUCCCUUGUCCAGGCAGAGCAUCGCAGACAGCUGGCUGCACCUGCUGCACAGGGCCAACAGCUCGGUCCACAUCGCUGCUUUCUACUUCACGCUACAAGGCAGCAAUUUAGAGUUUGCCAGCUCUUCUGACUCUCAGGGACGGGAGGUCUUUGAUCACUUGAAACAUCUUGAAUCUAAAGGUAUAAAACUCCAGAUUGCUGUCAAUGGCCCCCAGACAUCAACCAAAGACACGUCAGAGCUGGCUGCAACAGGUGCAGAAGUCCGAGAAGUGGACCUCAAAGCUGUAACUGGUGGCAUCGUCCACACCAAGCUGUGGGUCGUGGAUCAAAAGCACUUCUACCUGGGUAGUGCCAACAUGGACUGGCGCUCUCUAAGUGAGGUGAAGGAGGUGGGUCUGUCGGUGGAGGACUGUAGCUGCCUGGCUCAGGAUGCCUUCAGAAUCUUUGGUGUAUACUGGAGCAUCGGUGCUGCACACAAUGGAUCCCUGCCCCCAUACUGGCCUGCUCGCCUCUCUGCCCUGUCCAGCGCCCAGAAUCCUCUGCAUCUGAAGUUCAAUGGAGUACCUGCCCGAGUCUACCUGUCUAGUGCCCCUCCACAAAUCUCAGCCCGUGGCCGCUCUGACGAUCUUACCACCAUCUUGUCUGUCAUCGGUGACGCCCAGAAGUUUGUUUACAUCUCCGUCAUGGACUACCUUCCUCUGUCUCAGUUCACAGAGCCAAUCAGGUACUGGCCUGCCAUCGACUCGGCUCUGCGUGCUGCAGCCUGCACCAGAGGGGUACAGGUCAGACUCAUGGUCAGCUGCUGGGAACACUCGCCCGCCUCCAUGUUCACCUUCCUGCAGUCCCUGCUGGUGCUCAACAGACCUCCACUGAAAUGUGACAUUGACAUAAAAAUCUUCACGGUGCCUUCAACGGCGGAACAGAAGAAGAUCCCCUUCGCUCGAGUCAAUCACGCCAAGUUCAUGGUCACAGACAGAGUCGUCUAUAUAGGGACGUCCAACUGGUCAGAGAACUACUUCAGUCAAACUGCUGGUGUGGGUCUGGUUGUGAACCAGACGGGCUCUGCGGUUGGAAAAGACCAGCAGACGCUGCAGAGCCAAGCAGAGGAGCUGUUCCUCAGAGACUGGAGGUCUCAGUACUCCAGCGCGCUCUCUGUUGACAGCGUGGACGUCUGCCCUCAUGGCCGACACUGACGGUUUGCUGUUCAAUAAAUACAUUGCAUUCUAGAUGAGCGUCUCGCUUGCUCCUGCAACUUGAACUUUAUUUUACUUGUGCAGAAAUCUGCUUGCUGUACUGCGUGAGCAAACAUGGUUCAUGGGGUUAACGUGGUUAAUCUUAUCGCUGUUUGCUGACUUGCCUGCAUCUCUGUAUAUAUUUGCUAUUUUAUAUUUAGUUUCUGAAGGUGUUAUUUUUUUAUUCGCUGUAAUUGACAAUUUUCUUAUGUGAGCUGCGGCACAGGGGAACUGGCUCUGUACAAAUUAUUUUUAUGCCUGGAGCAUUUUGUAUAUUUUCUUUUUAAAAAUGUUGGUGUCCAGCUUUAACACUCUCAUGCAGGAAAUUCAACAUUUCCAAAGAGGUGAAUACACCAUGGCCAUGUUUAAGCUGCUGAAGCCAUUUGUUCCAUAGCAUAAGUCCAACAGUGCAAAAGUACUUAUUGUAAAUACUGGCAAUUUGAAUGAAUCCUUCGUUCAGCUGGAAUCUGUUUUACUGUUUUGAUAAUUGCUGUGCUGCUUCUUUUGAUGACGUCACUGCAGUAAAACAGAGGGACCUCCAGGCUCUGGAUGCAGCAGGGACAUUUUCAUUGGUAACCUGACAAUCACAAGUUUCCUUGAUGUUUAUCAGUAGAAAUCCAACCCGCUCCUCAGCUGGUGGUCUUUGAAAGCAUCUUGAUGCACUAUGAAAUGAAUGGGACUCUUGAUGAAGGGAUGCUCACGGUUUAAAGAUUUGUUUCACCCAAAUGACCAAUUUUGCUCUUAUUUUCUUUUCUGAUUUGUAGCUUUUCUCUCAAACAUAGUUUUUAAAUUAGUAGCAGACACAUCAUGCAGCUAGAAUGAAUCUAGAAUUCAUAGCUCUGCCAAGGCCCAACAUAUACUCCAACAUUCUCCUUAAGAGAAAAGUAAUUCCUGGCUCUGCACCAAAUUUAAUUAGUUUAUUUCUGACCUAUACCACAUCCUUUCACCAAGGUUUUGUGUAAUUCUGCUUAAAAACGAACGGACGGUAGUAAAAAAAACCAUCCAUAUAAAUAAAGUGUGUUAUGAAUGAGUUGAUUUGGUGAUGAAGGGACAGUCGUGAUUUGUUUGAAGGAUUGCUUUGCACCAAACUUUUUUAGUUACCUCUCCUGGUAUCUAGCUGUUGAGUUGUUGUUUUUUUCCAUUGUGAACUUCUUCAGAUUCUGGUGUGACUCCAUGAAACGACAGUGGUGAAUGGGAUUCAAUUCUUAUUUUGAAAUGGUGUUUGCAGAUAAUGCUCACAAUGACAAAGCUAGCAUGCUAAUGUUUAGCAGACAUAAUGCUCGUUUAAAUCUGUUCGCAUGCUAACUUUUGGUAGCUGGCAAAGUACAUCAGAGGCUGCUGGUAAUUUGAGAAACUUUGUUUUCAGUGUGUUCUUUCCAGGAAAAUCAGGUUCAGUUUCUUCAUUAAACAUUCUU